GGGACAAAAGAAGCAAGCAUCGUGCCAACUAACGAGGUGGUGGACAGCAUUUUCAGCCCAGGACCACCGAGGACCACCCAGGACCACCAAGGACCACCCAGGACCACCCAGGACCACCCAGGACCACCGAGGACCACCCAGGACCCAAGACUCUAGCAGGGACAAAAGAAACAUCAUUCUGGGUUCUUGGAUCUGAAUCAGUUCAAACAGAAGCAGAAGAUCAGGAACUGGAGAAACGUUGGAAUUCAUUAUUAAUUAAUUAAUUUUACCUUUAUUUAACUAGGCAAGUUAGUUAAGAACAAAUUAUUAUUUUCAAUGACGGCCUAGGAACAGUGGGUUAACUGCCUGUUCAGGGGCAGAACGACAGAUUUGUACCUUGUCACUUCGCAGAUUUGAACUUGCAACCUUCCGGUUACUAGUCCAACGCUCUAACCACUAGGCUACCCUGCCGGAAGAGUGACGCCAAAGUGGCCACCGUUCUCAUGCACUGAUUGAUCUUACAGGUGAAUCUAGUGAUGUCCAUGUUGCUGUAUGUGUUGUUCCUAGCGUACCUCUACGGUAUCCAGGCAACGCACAUGGAGCGCCAGCAGCCCCCGCCCACCCAGGACCCCAUCAACUCCCUCAUCAUCCAGCUGCUGCAGGCGGACCUGACCCGUGGCCGGGGGAGGCAGGGUGAGGGCCAGGACAGGCAGGCCCAGGACACAUUGCCACCGUUGGGCCUGCUCGCCAUUGACACCCCUCUGGACAACAGUAGGUUCCUGGAGAGGCGCAGCUCGCUGUACCAGCCCAGGUCGUCUGACCUGCUGGGGCAGCAGAAACACUACAACUCUCCCCGGGUCCUGCUGAGUGAGCGGGCGCCCCUGCAGCCUCCUCCGCUCUACUCUAUAGAUGACUACGUGGGCAGCUCUGACAGAACCAACAAGACCCGCAGGAAGAGAUACGCAGAACACAAGAGUUACCGCGGAGAGUACUCCGUCUGUGACAGCCAAUCACAGUGGGUGACAGACAAGACGAAUGCGGUGGACAUCAGGGGUCGUCAGGUCACCGUCCUGGAUCAGAUAAAGAUGGGAACCGCCGAAAGCAACUUUGUUAAGCAGUACUUCUAUGAGACCAAGUGUCGGACUGCCAAACCUUUUAAGAGCGGCUGUCGCGGCAUCGAUGACAAACACUGGAACUCGCAGUGUAAGACCUCUCAGACGUACGUCAGAGCUCUGACGCAGGACCGUACCUCUGUGGGCUGGCGCUGGAUACGGAUAGACACUUCCUGUGUCUGUGCGUUGUCACGGAAACACCGCAGGACGUAAACACACAACCCGACCAUAGACAUUAUGGAAUAUAUUUCCUUAUUGUGAAGGGGGGCUGUACAUAUAAAUUAUUAUUUAAGUUAUGUGAAAUACAUGUAGUUUCUACAUGGCUAUAUAUGAUAUAUAAAUAUAUUUGUUAUUUAUUGAAGUCAUCAUCAAAGGAAAAAAUUAAAUUAAAAAUUAACCAAGAACUCCUAACAUGUGGCUCCACAGCCACCACACAGCCUAGCAUC